UACACAUCCGUUUGUUUGACAAAUUAAACCUCAGAGGAAGAAGUUCAGUUUCACCACGCUAUCUGUUGUUGUUAUGUCGCUAUGCUGCCUUAAAACAAACGGUUAGACAUGUUGCUAAAAAAAAUACGGUUUUUGAAUAAGUUCAGUAAAUACCUUUAAUAUUCUCAUCCUCAUAUUCGUGACUGAGUCUUGAAGCGAGCAGGAAUAUUUGGAGGAGUUUAUCAUCUGAACUGAGAUCUGCUGCUGUGAAGAUGGAGUUUGUGAAAGAGGAGAGAGAAGAGAACACGAGUGAACCAGAAACCUUCACAAUAAAACACGAGGAACCAGAAACCUGGAGAAUAAAACACGAGGAAGCAGAAAUAAAACAAGAGGAACCAGAAACAUGCACAAUACAAGACGAGGAACCAGAAACCUUCACAAUAAAACACGAGGAACCAGAAACCUGCACAAUAAAACACGAAGAACCAGAAAUAAAACACGAGGAACAAGGAGAGUUCAUUGAAGAAAAAGAGGAAAAUGAAGAAUCAAGUGAAGUUGAGAAGAAAAAUCAUGUCAAAACUGGUGGAAAACCUUUGAUUUGCUCUCAAACUAAACUGAAAGAUUUAAAGAAAAAAAGAGUUAAGAAAUCUUUCACCUGCACUCAGUGUGGAAAGAGUUUCACAUGUAAAUCAAAUCUUAAUCGUCACAUGAGAGUUCAUACUGGAGAUAAACCAUUCACUUGCGAUCAGUGUGGAAAGAGUUUCACAUGUAAAUCAAAUCUCAAGUGUCACAUGAGAGUUCAUACUGGAGAGAAACCAUUCACUUGCGAUCGGUGCGGGAAGAGUUUCACACAAUCAUCAAACCUUAAGGAUCACAUGAACAUCCACACUGGAGAGAAGCAGCACGCAUGUGAUCAGUGCGGUAAAAUGUUUUUAUGGGCUCCACUUCUGAAGAAACACUUGAAAGUUCAUGCAAAUAAGCAGCCACAUUCAUGUCAUUUUUGUGGUAAGAGUUUUUUGCAUCUACAAAGUUUGAAAGAACAUCAGAAAAUACAUAAUGGUGUGAGAGAGCACGUGUGCGUUGAGUGUGAAAAAGCUUUUAGUUCAGUGAGCAGAUUAAAACUGCACGAGAGGAUUCACACUGGAGAGAAACCUUACAUGUGUUCACACUGUGACAAGAGAUUCAGUAGUUCAUCAAAUCUGAAAACACAUGAGAGGAUCCACACUGGAGAGAAACCUUACAUGUGUUCACAAUGUGAAAAGAGAUUCAGUCGGUUAACACAUCUGAAAACACAUGAGAGGAUUCACACUGGAGAAAAACCUUACAAGUGUUCACACUGUGACAAGAGAUUCUUUAAUUUAUCAAGUCUGAAAAAACAUGAGAGGAUUCACAAUGGAAAGAAACCUUAUAAGUGUUCACACUGUGACAAGAGAUUCAGUCAGUCAGUAGAUCUGAAAAAACAUGAGAGGGUUCACACUGGAGAGAAACCAUACAAGUGUUCACACUGUGACAAGAGAUUCAGUCACUCAUCAAAUCUGAAAACACAUGAGAGGAUCCACACUGGAGAGAAACCUUAUAAGUGUUCACAUUGUGACAAGAGAUUCAGUAAAACAGGAGAUCUGAAAACACAUGAGAGGAUUCACACUGGAGAGAAACCUUACAAGUGUUCACACUGUGAUAAGAGAUUCAAUAAUUUAUCAAGUCUGAUAACACAUGAGAGGAUUCACACCGGAGAGAAACCUUACAAAUGUUCACACUGUGACAAGAGAUUCAGUGGUUCAUCGAGUCUGAAAACACAUGAGAGGAGUCACACUGGAGAGAAACCUUAUAAGUGUUCACACUGUGACAAGAGAUUCAGUCGGUUAACAAAUCUGAAAACACAUGAGAGGAUUCACACUGGAGAAAAACCUUAUAAG